AGAAAAAGGUAAGAGGAAGAGAAGCAAUGAAUCAAUAAUGCUUUCAAAAUCUGAAUCCGGCCAUCCAAAAUCUGAAUUCUCAAAAACUAGAAGCGUUGAACCAAUGGGACUUGUUCGAAAUACCAACUUGUCAGCUCUUCUUGUCUUGCUAUCUUGCUUUUGUUUAAAGUUUGGCUCUGCCACAGACACCAUCACAGCCGCUAAGUUCAUCACCGACCCUGAAAGCGUAGUCUCUAAUGGCGGUGAUUUCAAAUUGGGAUUUUUCAGCCCUGCAAAUUCAACCGAUCGCUAUGUUGGGAUAUGGUAUGCUCAAAUUUCUGUGCCCACUGUCAUAUGGGUUGCUAACAGAAACAAGCCCCUCAAGAAUUCCUCUGGAAUUCUAACCAUAUCCGAAGAUGGCAAUCUGGUUGUAUUAGAUGGGCAAAAGAAGGUUCUUUGGUCAUCAUAUUUAUCAAGUUCUGUUGUCAAUUCGAGUGCCCAGCUUUUAGAUUCUGGAAACCUUAUCUUGCAAGUAAAUACUACAGGGACAAUCAUAUGGGAGAGUUUCCAACAUCCUUCUGAUACAUUCUUGGAAAAGAUGAAAAUUAGUACUGAUGUUAGAACGGGUAAGAAAGUGCAGCUGACAUCAUGGAAAAGUCCUUCUGAUCCGUCCAUUGGAAACUUCUCUGCCGGUAUUGAUGUUCGUAAUCUUCCCGAAUUUUUGGUUUGGAAUGACGGUAGCCCAUAUUGGCGGAGUGGUCCAUGGAACAGCCGGGUCUUUAUUGGAAUACCGACCAUGAAUUCUGUAUAUCUUGAUGGAUUUAGUCUUGUAGAUGAUAAAGAAGGAACAUUCUAUUUCACUUUUUCCAGUUCGAACAAAUCUUUCCGACUGGAUUAUGUCCUGAAUGCGCAAGGAAUUGUACAUGAAAAACAUUCCUACAAUGGGGAGGAUUGGGUGGUCACGUGGUCAAGUUUGGAGACUGAGUGCGAUGUUUAUGGCAGGUGUGGGGCAUUUGGAAGCUGUAAUUCAAAGAAUUCACCAAUUUGCAGCUGUUUAUGGGGGUUUGAGCCAAAGAAUACAGAAGAAUGGAACAGAGGAAAUUGGACUAGUGGAUGUGUGAGGAGGACACCCUUACAGUGUGAGAGGGUGAACAAUAAUGGCAGUGAAGGGGAAAAAAAAGAUGGAUUUUUGAAACUGACGAUGAUGAAAGUCCCAUACUUGGCAGAUUGGUCAUUAACUUCGGAAGAAAAAUGUAGAACCGAAUGCUUGGAGAAUUGUUCCUGUAUAGCUUACGCAUAUGAUACUGGCAUUGGUUGUAUGACAUGGACAAGAAGCUUAAUUGACGUACAGAAAUUCUCGAUUGAUGAAGCUGAUCUUUAUGUUCGUUUGGCCUAUUCAGAACUUGACAAAAUGGGAAAUGUGAAAGCAAUCGUCACAGUCACAGUGAUCAUAGGAGUAAUAUCCACUGGCAUCUGCACUUACUUAUUGUGGCGUUGGAGUUCAAAACAAAAGGCAACUAAAUAUCGUAGGGAGGACAAGCAUGGAGAAAACGUAAACCAAGUUUUACUCCAAGAACUACCAUUAUUCAGUCUUCAGGAGAUGGCAAGUGCAACAAACAACUUCCAUCUAUCAAAUAAGCUUGGGCAGGGUGGAUUUGGUUCCGUAUACAGGGGAAAAAUGUCAGAUGGAGAAGAAAUUGCAGUAAAAAGACUUUCAAGAGCCUCUGGACAAGGGCUAGAAGAAUUUAUGAAUGAGGUGGUGGUGAUCGCUAAACUCCAACACCGGAAUCUGGUAAGACUCCUUGGCUGCUGUGUUGAAGGAGAAGAAAAGAUGUUGGUCUAUGAAUACAUGCCAAACAAAAGUUUGGACGCAUUUCUCUUUGAUUCAGUCAAACCAAAACUAUUAGAUUGGAGAAGACGAUUCAACAUUAUCGAAGGAAUCGGUCGAGGUCUGUUGUACCUUCAUAGGGAUUCCAGGUUAAGGAUUAUUCAUAGAGAUUUAAAGGCAAGUAACAUCUUGUUGGAUGAAGAGCUAAAUCCAAAAAUAUCAGAUUUUGGCAUGGCUAGGAUUUUCGGGAGCAAUGAAGAUCAAGCCAAUACUAAAAGGGUUGUUGGAACAUAG